AUGGCGACGGCCGGACCUCAGCAAGUUCAACCACAGGCGGGACCUCUCCCACCUAAACGCGGAGAGAUCGGAUACCGGGAGGAUGUGCAUGGCGCUACGCAGGAUCUCGGUGAGGGUCGCAGUAAUGCGGAAUCAUCCAGUCCAUUGCCUGCCAGACACCCAGCAGACACUCCUCUUCCUCCCAUACCAAGUCAUAGCACAAGCGCAGGGCCAGGUCCUGCUGCUCCCACCAACCCGCCAGCCUCGGGCGGCGACGUCAAUCCCAACGCCACCUCCAACUCUACACCACACUCCGUGCCAAAGCACUGCAAACGCGUCCCGACCGUCGCCGGUCUGCGCGUCAGCACAUUAGCCGUCUUUAUCUUUGAGAUACUGGUGCUCGCGGGCACCAUAACCGGCUGGGCCGUCCUCAUCCAGCGCAUGCAGUCCAGCCAGUCGACAUCCACAUCCUCCAUGAAUAAACAGAACAGCCAGGGAGGUCAAGGCGGACUUGCCAUGGGCUCCGCGCUCAUCUUCGUCUACGUCGCCUUUGCCAUCAUGACACUCGUGCAGAUCAUAAUCCUGGAACGCACCGUGUUCCGCCUGCGCGCAGAGCGCUAUGCGCACAUGCAUCCAGGCGAGAUCCUGCCGACGAGCCAGCGGCGCGCGCCGGCGCACACGGGCAUGGCGCUCGUGCCUUGGAACCGGCCGUCUUUGCCGACCUAUGCGGCUGCGCUGGCACAGAGCGGCGUGAGCACGGGCGACGUCGAAGAUAAUAUCAUUGCGGUGCCGCCGCCACCUGCGUACGGCGAUACGCGCGCGAGUACGCUGCUAUUGGCCGGCGCGAGGCCGGAGCGGUUGCGUGCGCAGAGGCUGCGCGAGAGCGCGGGCUCGGUCAUGUCGUGGACGCAUAUCAGGAGGGCGAGUCGGGAGAGCGAGGCGAGUCGCGCUACGGGGGAUAGGCCGAAGAGUUAUAUGAGCACGGACCCGGAGUGGGAGGAGCGGAUGGACGCGCAGAGGGCGGUGAGGCUGGAAGAGACGUUGGCGAAGUUGGAGGAGGGCGAUGUGACGGACGCGACGGGUGGGUGGCGUGCAUCACGGCUGCGCUGGGAUAUGCCGGACGCAUAUGUGGACUCUGUCCCAUCACAUUUCCGCGAGGAGCUCGAAGCAGGUAUCCUCGAGGCUCGUGGACGAUACAUGUGCCGCCGCACUCGCCGCGCCGCAGAAUUGGACGAUCAACGGGAGGCGCCAAACGCCGUCCACGGAGAAGGCAACUACCAGCGUCUUGGAAGUGACUUCGUUCCACCCAAAUCGGCUGCCUUUCCUCCCACCUGCAGGCCACAUGCAGCGCACAACACGAGACUGAGCGACCACGUGAAGUAG